UUCAGGAGAUUUUGGCGUGUUCGUAUAAACAGCGAUUCCAUACAGAUGACGGGACUAUAAAGAAGAAUUAUCUAUAAAUGGAGUCACGAUAACGGGAUUUCAAUCUAAAUAUCCCACUGGCUACCUGAACAUGCGAUUUAUGAUCUUAUAACUGCAAUUAUUAGCAUGACAAGGGCAGCGAUCUCAUGAUGGCUUGUUGGUAUUUAUCGUGUAUUAUAACUCCCCGGAACAGUGUACAUGUAUUACCGGUGAGAGGGAAGGUGAUGGUUUAACUUUUAUUAACGGUAGUCAUAUCUUACCUGCGGAUGUGCUAUCUUACCUGUAUUUUACCUGGGGAUGAUUAGCUGUGUGUCACCUUUUUACUGAUUUGUACACCAUUGUGACUGGAGAUAUAAGUGGCGUGCAUUGUUACGUGCGAUGGACACGAGAUUCCUGACGGACUGGGAGAUACGUAUGGUAACUUAGGUCCUAAGCCCCUGUGGUAUUAAUGAGGCUGUAUUUUGAGGGGGUGCUACUUACUUAAUACAGUCAUGGAAGGUUACGAUCGGAUACCGGCAUUUGUUAGCGGUGGCCUUGAUACUUACCGCAGAGACCGAUUUUAUAGCGAGAAACAGAAGUAUAAACAGUUGUUAGCCUCGCACGAACGUAAAAAGGAGAGGUACAAAAGACGGGACAAACACGCCAAACACAAACAGUUCGGACGACCGGACGACAUAGUCAGAACCGGAAGUGAGGAGGAAAAUGAAACGCACGUCCGACAACGGAGGAACACGCGUAAAAGGAGCAUGCGCAAACGUGACGAUGAAUUAAUGGCGUCAAUUGAGCGCCGGGAGAGGAUCUUACGCAUACACAUGGAUAGAAUGAACCAGCAUUACUUGUCCCCUACAGAUACAAAGGUGCCUAGUGAAUAUUCGUAUAGGUCGUCUUUCCAGCAAGAGUCAAAUGAUUACCCGUCAUACACUCGAACACAAAUGGCUGAAACCGGUCGUCCGCUUUAUCGAUACAUGGAGCCCGUUAAUAGACCACCCCAAUAUCCCGUGGAACCCGAACAGCGCCCAUUACAUGCGGGACAGUCUGAACUUCCGGUAAUCCCGACCAAGCCGAAGUAUUAUACACACAUUCCACUCCCAGAAAAUGUAGAAAGUGAAAGACAACCGGUAUUGGAGAACGAACGCGAGGAUGCCCGCCACAAACGAGCCUCUGUGUUAAACAGGGUGGAGAAACUGCUAAACGAUAUGGACAGACAAAUGAACGGAGGAGAAAUUAUUUUAAAAUCCAAAGCAAAACGUAGUAGAAAAAAGUUUAUAAAGAAAAAAGAGGAUACGGAUUCCGGAGAUGACAGCUACGUGUUCGUGAAGACAACUGUUACGCCGACGCCGCCUCCUUACUCGGAGUCCCACUCCGAUGUAGAUGUAUCCCUCCCAAGUCUCCCCGCCAGCUCCCUGGGUCCACAGAUAGUGUCGAGGAUGUCAUUUCCGUCCGGAGUUAAGAGUGAAAUCCAAUACGCCUACAGCGAUGAGGAGGCUGACGGUCAGCCCGACCCCCGCCCCUUCACUGACUCCUACCGCGGUCAUCCUUUCACGUUAGGCGGCGCAGCCAGGUACGAACAGCGGAAAAACGGAACAGGUUCUGUCAAAACCGUACCCGCCAUUCAACCCGGGAAACGGAAGGAGAACGGUGUGAGGGCAAAUCUUGUGACUUUUUACAUUAACGGGGACAGGAACUAUAAGGGACUGACAAUAGCCGUCAGUGGUAAAAAAUGGCUGAACAUCGACAAACUCAAGGAACACCUAACACAGAAGAUCGGAACGCAUUGGCCUGUAAAAUGCAUAUUCACAAUACCAGAUCGUCAGUUAAUAGACGAUCUAGACAAAUUCGAGAACAACAGGUCUUACAUCGUGUGUAAGGACAAAAACGCACAGGUGAACGGGAUCCAUUAUGGUUACUCCAAGGAAAAACACUGGGUCACCAAACGGCCGUCCGCAGGCAAGAUACGCAAACACGAUUUGGGGAUGUUGAAACAAAACGCACCAGCGAACUCGCCAUCGAAGAACCGCAGAGUGAUAACUAUCAUACAAAACAAAAACAGGGUCCGGAAAGAGAAAGUGAUUCUAAAUCCGGAAACGCCAAUGUCUUUCGACCAAAUUCUUAGUGAUAUGGGUGAUAUGAUCAACAUGAACGCCACUGCAUUAUACCUUUACAAGAAACCGGAAACCCGGGUGACGUCAUACUCCCAGCUGUUCCGAGAGUACAAGACUGUGGACGAGUUUAUAAUUUGUGGCGAGGAGCUGUCUCCCGCAUCGGAAGCUUCAGGUCAGAAACGGACCGCUCCCAGCAGCAAUUCUAGUAACGAAUCCGUGGCCAGUAGGGGGAGUCGGCAGAAAAAAAUGCAGAAAUCCUUUGAUUAUGAUGUGCAGGAGUACGAAGAUUACAGUGUUGACAUUGAUCAGAGCGGAUACCUCGAUACUGAGGAGAGUAACGGAUGGGACAACCCCCUUGAGGAGGUAUCAUUCGACAACACACUGGAUAACGACGAGGACAGUGCUAAAAGGGUCAAAGUUCGAAUACGUGGGAAGUAUAAAGAAUAUUUCCAGCCGGAGAAACCUGCACCAGAUGAUCGCUCCAGACCCAACGAGAAACUCAUACUGGAAUGGCUAUAUGGGUACCGCUCUAACGACAACAGCACGAGCCUGAUGCUUUACCACAGAACCGGCGAGCUCGUAUGCUACAUGGACGCAGCGGUAGUCUUCUACAAUAGAACAUUCGAUCACCAGCGCUUCUACCUAGCACAUACAGAGGAAAUCACAUGUAUGGCCAUACACCCAGAAGGACGAUGGAUAGCGACAGGACAGAAGGCAGGGUCGGGACCUGAAGACGUGGCACAUAUCCGUAUUUGGGACGGACGGACUCUCAGCACACAGGUCAUACUGGGUGUUGGAAUAUUCUCGUGCGGUGUAUCCGCAGUCAACUUUUCCGUUUAUCGUGAUGGCGUCCUGUUAUGCGCAGUAGAAAGCAGUGAAAAGCACGUGCUCACAGUAUGGGAGUGGAACCGGAAACGACUAUUAGCAAAGACCACAACAACAUCAAGAUAUGUAUCGCAUGCGUGCUUCUACCCGUUUGACGACACAAUUCUCAUCACCUAUGGUGAUCAACAUCUCUAUUUUUGGAAACUGUUUUGGGACCCAGUUCGCGAUACUGAUGGUCGUCUGCUCCGGGACAAGGAUAGCGGUACCUUCGUGACUGAAGACUCUCGCGAGAUAACGUCCAUUGCCUUUCCUCCAAACGGCGACGUGGUGACAGGAGAUACCACGGGAUCCGUCAUUGUGUGGGCAGUUGAUCGCGCAACUCUGGUCUUCCGGUUCCUUACAGUACUUCCGGACCGCCAUCACAGAGCUGUGAACAGUCUGUGUCUGUUGCCCGACUCUACUCUGAUUUCUGGGGGAGGCAAAGAAUUCAAGGCUUGGAACACUAACAACAACCAUUACAGGAAGACCCGAGAACGGCUGCUAGCUGAUGGUGUCGGGGACGUGGCGUCCAUUGUUUUGAAAGACAAGUCUAUGCCAGAGGGAGGCAAGCCUGUGUUCUAUAUCGGUACUACCAACUCAUGUUUACUAGAGGGAUCAUUUGAAGACAAGCUAAAAAAACACAUAGAGGGCCACUGCGACACCGUAUCAUCCGUGGUGUCCCAUCCUAGAGAAAACUCCUUCUUCUCAGCCUCAAUGGACAGGACGGUCAAGAAAUGGUCAGCCGACAAACAUAAACUACUGUACACAAGGAAUGUUGAGAAACCAUGCAGCUGUAUAGAUAUUGACAGGAAGGGGCGCUAUCUGACUAUUGGAACAGCCGAUGGUUUCGUCAUUGUUCUCGCCGCGUCAUUAAAAGAAGAAAUUGCAAUCAUCAAGGUUGGAUCGACUCCAGAGCUCAUCGAGUGUGUUAAAAUUUCACCAGAACGAGACACGCUGGCAGUGGGCUGCCAUGACGGAUGUGUGUACAUCUAUAACGAUGUCAACGACGGAGCUAAGAUCGCCAUCCGAAACAAUACCAUCUUCAAGGCCAACCCUGCUCCUGUGAUCAAUGUUGACUGGACAACCAAUAGCCAUAACAUACAGACUAUGUCGUCAGAGUACGACCAUUUCCAUUGGGACGUGACUGACAUGGUCGCCAGUAAGGCAAUUACCUUUAGGGACGCUGAGUGGCAAACACAGAACGUGACAGUCGGCUACCCAGUGUUUGGAAUGUGGACAAAUCUAAAGGACGAGGAUGAGGUGAGGGUGAUGGACAGAUCUCGUAGUAAUACCACCAUCGCCGCUGGGGACGGCAAGGGAGGGAUUCGUCUGUACAAGUACCCGUGCACUAGUAUCAAGCCCGAGUUCAAGAUGACUAGGAUGUAUUCGAAUGAAGUGACCGCCCUCAGUUUCCUCGCAAGGACAGAUCGACUGAUAUCGUGUGGCGGGCAAAAAUCCGUCUUAGCGCAGUGGAAAGUAGAGAAAUACAUCACAGCUAAUGAGCAUUAAGCUUACAAACACGCUGUCCAAUAAGCAUUAAGCUUACAAACACACAGUUUACUGUGGUGACCAAGGAGUUUUCACCAUAC